UUUGUAUUCAGAAAUUCAGAAAUGAACAUUGUUGAGCUUUAUAUAAAAGUUAAUUCUGACUUAUUAACUGAUUAAUUAAAAGAAGCGCGAAACAUCAAUAAAGCAGUAUGAGGAUCAGACGUUUAUCGGCGUUUUUUUGGAUGACGUGUAUUAUAGCUUUUAUUUUUAUUUUAUACGUGAUGACAGACUUAAGUUUUAAUUUACCUAGUGUUAAACCAGCUAUAAACAUAGAUGAGAACAAGUGGUCUGCCUUUGAAUCAAAAUUACGUCAUAUUGAAAAUGAACUUGAUCAACAUCAUGCUGUUGUUGGUGAAAUAAAAUCAGCCAUGAGCCAAAUUAUAGAACAGUCAAAUGAAUAUCACCCGCCACAGAAAAGACCAAGGCAAAUGCAGAAAAACAAAAAAAUAAGAGAGUUCAAAGUAGUAGGAGAUGAGCCACCAAGGAUGCACAUAAAAUUGAAUGAAUCAACUUGUCCCAUUCAGAAAUUCUCAGUUCCAAAAACUGAUGUGCAGAUGUUAUCCCUGUAUGAAAGGAUUAUGUUUGAUGAUAAAGAUGGAGGUGUUUGGAAACAAGGAUGGAAUAUCGAAUACAAUGAAAACCAAUGGAGUCAGAAAAACAAAUUGAAAGUUUUUAUUGUACCACAUUCACACAAUGACCCAGGUUGGUUAAAAACCUUCGAAAAUUAUUACAAGUCACAAACAAGAGCAAUAUUCAAUAAUAUGAUAGAAAAAUUGAACGAGGGUGUAGGGCGUAAGUUUAUAUGGGCCGAAAUAAGUUUUCUAUCGCUGUGGUGGAAUAACGAUGCUACUGAGAAAGACAAGACUGCUUUCCUGAAUUUAUUGAAAUCAAAGAAACUUGAAAUCGUGACAGGCGGAUGGGUUAUGAACGACGAGGCGAAUUCACAUUGGCUGUCUGUAGUGCAACAAUUGACCACCGGACAUCAGUGGCUACUCGACAAUUUGGGAUAUGUACCCAAAAACGCAUGGUCCAUUGAUCCGUUCGGUUAUUCCAGCGCGCAACCUUACCUCCUCAAGAUAGCCGGUUUCGAUAAUUCCAUGAUACAGAGGGUACACUAUAGAAUUAAGAAAGAAUUGGCUUCGAAUAGACAGUUGGAAUUUAGAUGGAGACAGUUAUGGGAUGGUGUUGGGAAAACUGAUAUGUUCACACAUUUGUUCCCGUUUUAUUCGUACGAUGUUCCUCACUCGUGCGGUCCGGAUCCUAAGAUAUGUUGUCAAUUUGAUUUCAAACGUCUACCCGGUAACGGGGUUACUUGUCCGUGGGGCGUUGCACCCCAGAGGAUAACCCAGAAGAAUGUGGAUGAAAGAGCGUUCAAGAUAUUAGAUCAGUGGAGGAAGAAGGCUCAACUCUACAGAAGUAACGUGUUGUUCUUCCCUCUCGGUGACGACUUCCGGUACGACCGCGCCAACGAGUGGGACAAUCAGUACCAGAACUACGACAUGCUGAUAGAGUACAUCAACAGUAACGAUGCUUGGAACACUGAGGUACAAUACGGUACCCUCGAAGAUUACUUCAAAGCAUUACACGAUGAAGUGAAACUAUCAAACUUCCCGGUACUGUCCGGGGACUUUUUCACGUACGCCGAUCGGAACCAGCACUACUGGAGCGGGUACUACACCUCCAGACCGUUUUAUAAGAACAUGGAUAGAGUUUUACUGGCCUAUGUCAGGGCAGCCGAAAUAAUAACAGCUCAAGCGACGGACACGCAUGCUGUGUCGUACAUAAUGUCGCUUCAGCUGAGGGACCGGGUCGAGCAGGCCCGCAGGUCGCUCUCGCUGUUCCAGCAUCACGACGGCAUCACCGGCACCUCCAGGGACGAGGUCAGGGAGGACUACGCCAAGAAGAUGCUAACAGCAAUAAAAUACAGUCAAUCCGCCAUCCAACAAGCUGCCUACUACUUGCUGAAGCAGCCGCAUAUACAGGAUCAAACGCAAGAGGACAUAUUCCUCGACGUGGACGACAUCUGGCGGCGGCACGACGAAAUACCCUCCAGGAUCACGAUUGCCUUGGACGUGGUGUCUCCUUCCAGGCGCCUCGUGCUGUACAACGCGCUGGCGUUCAGAAGACAAGAAAUAUUAACAGUGCUAGUGUCAACCCCGCACGUUGAAGUUUUUGAUCCAGAGGGUGAACCGAUAAUGGCACAAGUAUCCCCCGUGGUCGCAGGGGAGAGGCGUCUGGGUCUCGCCAACAAUAAGUACCAGCUGUCCUUCCCGGUCACCAUCGGACCUCUCGCUUUAACCGUCUAUUCGGUGUCACUGAGGGACGCGAUGAGUAUCAACAAAUACACGUCAUUCUCUCACGUGCGCAUAUACAACGCGGACUACUGGAGCGUGGAUCUACCGAAGAUGUUCCCGAUCGAGCAGCCGUCGGCGCGACUCAACGAGGACGUGAGCUUCCAGGCGGGGAACAGCACCAGGGUCGUCACCAACAUGAACGGGCUCGUCAAAACCAUUGUGUCGAGGGACGGGGUGGCCACUCCCGUGCACAUGGACUUCGUGCAGUACGACACGCAGAAGGGGCGGGACAACAACAGCGGAGCCUACCUGUUCAUACCGAGCGGGCCCGCCAAGGACUUCAAGUCGGAUCCGUACCCCGAGAUCGUGGUCACCGAAGGCAUACACAAGUCCACGCUCUACGCCGCCCUCGUCGGACCCAAAACCGCAGAAAUUAUACUCUCGGUGACGGUGUACAACAACCCGUCGUUGCCGCACGCCGAGCUGGAGGUCAGCAGCGCGCUGCUCAUCGACCCGCAGGUGGACGAUUUGGAGCUGGCGCUGCGGCUGUCCACAAGCGUCCGGAACGGAGACGUCUUCUAUACAGACUUAAAUGGGAUGCAGAUGAUAAAACGUCGUUACUUCGAGAAGAUUCCGCUGCAGGCGAAUUUCUACCCGCUGCCCGCCGCCGCCUACAUCGAGGACGAGAACAUCAGGUUCACGGUGCUCACUUCCACUCCGUUAGGAAUGGCCGCCUUACAGCCGGGACAAAUUGAGGUGAUGCAAGACAGGCGCCUGAGCAGAGACGACAACCGAGGCAUGAACCAAGGCGUGCUGGACAACGUGAGGACGCGCCACACAUUCAGGCUCAUAGCGGAGCCGGCCCUCGGGCACUGCGCCAAGCCGCCGUCUGAUCACCCGAGCGGGUGGCUGACGCUGGGUAGUCACGUGUCGCAGCAGAUGCUCCUGCAGCCGCCGCUCGUGCUGCACUACACGCCGCGCGGCGACGAGCCCCGCCCCAACUACCAGAAGGCCUCCGUCAACGCCGCCGACAUCGUGCUGGCCUCCUACAGAACCCACACCACCACUAAGAAGGAAGGCACGAAUUUACACGGGAUGGGGCUGACGUUCCAAAGGGUAGCCCUCGACACGUGCUACGGUCACAAGGACACCGUCGAAGCGUAUCCGCUAAGUGACGGACAGUUCCGUCUGUCAGAUUUGAUAGACGUGAAAUCAGAUCGUGUUUACGAAAGCACGUUGACUUUCAAUCAGAUAGACAAGCAAGUGUUAGACGGAAUCAUCACGCUGUGCCCCAUGGAGAUCCGGUCCGUGUUCGUCAAUCAAACUAUAAGGAACGGAUGAAAUUAAAUAACAUUUAGUGUAAUAAUUAUGUUAAUACUUUUGUUGGUACUUUAUUAUAUCGACGGGUGAAAGGCUUAUGCGACAUUUGAUUGCAAUGUUUAUAAUUUAAGUUUACAGGAGAGCCAUUUAGAGGUUGAAAUUUAGAAAAAAUAUCAUAACAAAUUAAUUCUUCAGCUAUUUGAAUGGGAUU